UCCAAACGGAAGUUAGAUAGCACCCGGUGUCAGCUUAAUUGAUGCUGCAGUUAACAGCAAAGUUGUCUUCGGAACCGCAAAGAAAGGCGGAUUGGGUUUCUUUUCUGACAUUUUAAUGUUGUCGACCUUCUGUUGGUGGGUUUCACAGAGGUCGAGAUGAAUCUAGAUUUAAGCUCUGAAUCCCGUCUGAAGGAGAAGAAACAGCGGAGUUCGCCUGCAAAAUCCCUUUAAAAGCGUCAGCGGUUUGUUUUUAGCUUCGUCUGUUUUUACCAGCGGUUCGGUUAGUCGUCGGUUUUAAGCGAGUUUACGCCGUGAAGUCAUGGCGUUCUUCGUGAAAAAGAAGAAAUUCAAGUUUCAGACCCAGCUGACCCUGGAGGAGCUGACCGCUGUGCCUUUUGUCAACGGGGUUCUGUUCUGCAAACUGCGGCUGCUGGACGGAGACUUUGUCGCUACUUCUUCCAGAGAGGAAGUUCAUGAGAACUGUGUCCGCUGGAGGAAGAGGUUCACCUUCGUGUCGAAAAUGAGCGCCAACCCUCACACCGGGAUGCUGGAUCCGUCCGUCUGCAGGGUGUCCGUCAGGAAGGAACUGAAAGGAGGAAAAGCGUAUUCAAAGCUGGGCUUCACAGACCUCAACAUGGCCGAGUUCGCCGGUUCCGGCUCCACAGUGCGCUGCUGUCUGCUGGAGGGAUACGACACCAAGAACACGCGGCAGGACAACUCCAUCCUGAAGGUGAUCAUCGGAAUGACUCUCCUUUCUGGAGAUCCGUGCUUCAAAACCGCUCCAAGCACAGCAAAGUCCAUCUCCAUCCCCGGACGGGAACACACCCUGCAGCUGGACUGCAAGGGGGAGGGGACGGCCGAGGGAACCGGGCCAGCUGGAGGGGUUUCUCUGGGCCGGGCCUCCAAGCCUCGGCCUUCCAUCAUCAGCUCGGGCCUGCUGGACGACUCCGAGCUGAACCAGAACCAGUCCGGUCUGGCAGAAAUCUUCCAGUCUGGUCAUUCUCGUAACUCCAGCUACGCCAGCCAGCAGAGCAAAAUCUCAGGCUACAGCACCGAACACUCCUGCUCCUCCAGCCUGUCGGACCUCACGCAUCGCAGGAACACCUCGACGGGAAGCAGCGCCUCCGGAGGCCUCUGCUUCGCCGCCGACCCGCCACCAGAGGGCGACAAGGACGCUGGACGUCCGGAGAGGCCCCCUCGACCCCCACGGCCCGUUCUGCCCCCAAACCGACCCCUGAGGAGGAAGCAGGACUCGGUGGAGAGCCACCCCACCUGGGUCAACGACACCCGCAUCGAUGCCGACGACAUCGUGGAGAAAAUCGUCCAGAGUCAAAACUUUGCAGAUAUCAACAACACCGAAGACAGCAACCUGCGCCUGUUCGUCAGCAGAGACGGAACCACGGCGCUCAGCAGCAUCCGACUGGGAAACAGGGUUUCUGCCGGCGGCUACGAGCCGGUGGUGAUCGAGAGCCACUAACCGGCCGCCUGCUGUCUCACUGGUUUUACUGGAGCUUCAGCUGGUCUGACGCCAUGAGAGGAAAGCCUACGUCCGUUUGCACUUUAUGUCCAGUUCGUUGCAGCGUUGGCCUGCACUCUGUUAAAGCUGUAUCUUUGUGAUGUUGAAGGGAAUGCACAAAAUGCUCCUCACUGUGUGUGAAUAUGUUGCAGGGAUUUCCAAUGAAGACGUUCAGAGGUUUCAGAUAUCAUCCAUUCUGUCUGCAGCUUGUUAAAACUGAAAGACGAUAAAUAAGGUCAGAAAAGGUCAAGAGAGGAACAAUCGACUGUUUAACAGAAUAGGGAAAAAAACAGCCACCAAAAUAGUUUGUUUCUUGUCGACAGAAAAACGUUCUCUAAUUUUGUGUGUGUAAUAAAUCAGGAGUGCAGCUCUGUCACCCGAUCAGGGAAAACAUCAAAGGUCUGACGAAAGCUCAAUCCGCAGAUUUAAAACUGACAGUUCAGCUUUUUUCCAGCGAUUUCUCCUGUCAUCGGUCAGGAAACCUUAUUGCUUUUCUUGCAGCCGAGACGUUGCCACCAUGUUCCCCACAGCGGAGAAUCAGGGCCAUCGUAGAGAAGAAAAAAAGGAGUAAAUUUCUGAAGCAAAACUCAGAAGUUUUUAUAAUAAGCUCAAACAUUUUCUAGAGAUUAGUUUCAAAAUUUCAGUUAUUUUCUAGCAAAAAUUUGGCUUUCAAACUUUGAAAUUUUGAGAUUAAUCUCAGAAAUUUUCUUUUUUAAAAACUUAGGAAAUGUUAGACUUUUGGCAGAAAGUUACUGGUUUUUUCUACCUACAAUGACUCCAUUACUACUUGGAUCACCACUCCUGAUCUGAAUCUUUACAUUUAUUUUUGGUUUCUUUGUGGCCUCAAACACUCGACAGCGUCUUCGGUUUCUCCUAAAUGUCAGUGACGUUCCUCUAAAAUCCUCGCUGCUAAUCUGUAAUCCUGCUGGAUUGGGUUCCAGAUUUACAGCUGAGCAGCAGCGUUUCACUGAAACAGAAUCAAAAAUACUUUGGUUCAGCAUGAAAACUCCCACUUCCAACACUAAAAGUGAAACUUAAAGUUUAGGAUAGACGGUGAUGUUUUCCUCCCUGUCGAUCAGGGGAAUCUGUGCCUUUAAGUUUUCUCUCUAAUGAGCCGAAAGCAUCAUGAGAGCAGCCGUAGGAUUUGUGCUUAUGCUGGUGAGGAGAGAAAUAUUCAGCUUGUUUUUUUGUUUGUUUGUUGUUUUUUUUCCACUCGCUGCUUUGUUUCCUUGAAGGAUUAACCAGAAGAAAUCGGUUCUGCUCGGCUGAACGAACCGCUUUUAUUUGGGUCCAGCUGCAGAGAAACGUCUCCUCUGGAGAAUUUUUUGUUCAGCUCUUUGCUGCCCCCUGGUGGGGCGACGGCGUGUUUACUGUGACGUUUACGUGGAUUUUCCGUGAACAAACGUGACUGAAACAGGAAAGCUGGAGUAAAUGUGUCACUGAAGGGUCCAAACAGAAAGGAAGUGAUUGUUCUCGGGACCAGCUGGCUGGGUUCGGGUUCUUCACUGAAAAUGGUAACAAAUGUUGACUUUUAGUUUGUUUUGAGGAUUAGAAUCCACUUUUUCUUAUUGCUACAAGCCCCUAAAGUAUUCUUUAAAGCUCACACUCGUAACGUUUCUGAGUGAGAAAAUGUUUUGCCAUCUUUUCUAAAAGUUAAGAUUUUCCAUGUUUUCUUCUCUUCUUCUGAUUUUUAGAAUUUAAAAAAAUGACUUCUGUCUCCCUGAAGCCGUUAAAUCUUCUACUCUACAGAAAAGUUGGGUUUUAAUCCUCGUUAUCUGACCCAUUCAGUUUCCUCACUCGUCUGUCCAGCGUCGCGUCGCAAGCUAAAGAAUCGCACCGUUAGUUUUUCUCACGUUUUGGGGAUGAACCACUGAAAGUUUAGUCUCUUUGGGUUUACAUCACCGCCUCGUUUUAUUUUCUUUUAAAGCAUCUAUUUAAAUAUUUUAGUUUUUUUCCUCUGGAGGUUGUUAUAAGCUAUGCACACACUUUGCCUCCCUGAGCUUUUGUUUUUCUGUUCAGUGAUUCUAACAAAGGAUUUUAUUAUUACUAAUUUAGUUUGACUUAAAUUUUAUAGAGAACACAAUUGGAACUGAACUUUCAGUUUCCAAAUAGUUUAUUAUUUUCCUUUUUAUUUUUUCCUCCAACAUAUAUUUGCGCAGAAAUGAUAUAUAAACAAUAAAAAUGCUAAUCUGAA